CACAGUUUAAACUGACCGUUGUUAUUGUUGUGGAGGUCUGGGAUUUAAGUUUUGCAGAUGGAAUUUCUGAUCCUUCGUGUUAUUCAGGCAAAUAAGAUAAGAAAACUAUAAACCAUUUACAUAUAGCACUUCUUACCACACGUCUAGUGUAGUGUUCAUUUAGGAAAACAGGCAAAACGCGGGUGGAAAUCUGCCAAGAUGUCUCUGCCACCGGAGAAAGCUUCUGAACUGAAGCAGAUCAUACACAACCAUCUGAUCAAGAUAAACAUCCAUGAGAAGAUCAGGGAUGUGUUGGCAGAGACAGUGAGAGAGGAUCUGGACCCUGGACAUGGCUCUCUCUCUGAGGAGGACUUCCUCAGGGCUCUGCAACGCAGGGGAAUCGUAGACGAUGUCAUGAAGGAUCUACAUUUCUCUAAGGAAGUGCCUGACACAGAGUUAGGACUCCAGAGCACUCCAAAGCCUGCAACUCACUAUAUUGACAAGGACCUGACAAAGCUCAAGAAAAUCAACAUGGACCCAGCGAGGAGGUACCUGUACCUCCAGGUCCUGGGGGGUAAGGCCUUUCUAGAGCACCUCCAGGAGCCAGAGCCCCUACCUGGGCAGGUCUGCUCCACCUUCACCCUCUACCUGCACUUCAGGAACCAGCGCUUCCGCUCCAAGCCUGUCCCCUGUGCCUGUGAGCCAGACCUACAGGAGGGCUUCUUGCUGGAGAUACACAGAGAGGGACUGGGUGAUGGCAGUAAGAUGGCGGAUGCCACCACGAUGUUGUCUAUCUGUGACCCAGUCCACCUGGUGUUGAUAAAGAGAGACACGUCCAGUGAGACCACCCUGGUCUCCUCUUACUUCCUGGACUGGAGGACCGUCCUCUCCUCUCCCUCUGGGAAGACCAGCAUUGCUGUAGAGCUGCUUGGAGUCGGUAGUGAAUUUAAGGUAUCAGCUGGUGUUCUCAAUGUGAGUCUGGAACUCUAUCCUCCUCUGACAGAGGCCCUGUCACCUGACAUCAUCACCACACAGCAAUCCCUGGAGCGCCAGAAGACAGCGGAGAAGGAGAGGUUGUUUCUCUUCUAUGCUAAACAGUGGUGGAGAGAGUUUCUAGAGAUCAGACAGUCAAACCAAGCCAAACUGGUCAAGAUCUUUGCACAGGAUGAGAACGGCGUCAACAGGCCGGUGUGUUCCUACGUGCGUGUCCUGCGUGCUGGUCGUCUCCUGGAGAGUCCCCGUCAGGCAGCUCGCUUCGUUAGCCUUCUGGGCCUGGAGAAAGCCCCUGUGGUGGGGGGAGGAGGAGGGGGCAAACAGGAGCAGUGGUGCUCUCUCCUCGCCUUCCUCUGUAGAGGCAAGGGCGACUGUGAGGACCAUGCCACCCUGCUGUGCAGUCUGCUGCUGGGGUUUGGCCUGGAUGCCUACGUGUGUGUUGGCACUAAGACCAAGGGCUUGGCACACACCUGGGUGAUGACCAGGGGCACUGACAGUACCAUCACCUUCUGGGAGAGCCUGACCGCACACAGGUACCUCCACCAGGCCAUUGACCCAGAUGCCCCUCCCCUGGCCCCCCAGCCCCGCCCCUCCUAUCCCUACAGGACCAUCGGCUGUGUGUUCAACCACAAGGCCUUCCUGGCCAACUGCCAGCCGUCGGACGCCGUGGAACUCUGCGUGUUUGACUUCCACAACCAGUCCCAGUGGAAGGCUAUGAGUGAGGAGGCUGUUGGCUCAGUGUGCUCCCCAGGCAGCACCACCUCUCUGCCCCCUCUACCUCCUCUCUGUGGUCCCUCCCUGGAGCCCAGUGCUGCCUCCAACCAGCUGGAACUGGAGCUGAGGUACCUGGUGGUGGAACACAGGAAGGACCUGGGCCUGGCCACGGUGUGGGAGGACCACCUGUCUUACGUGCUGUCCUCUGCCCUGGCGGCGUACGAGUUGGAGCGCUGCACGGGGACUUCCUGCGGUAACGAGGAGUUCCAGGACGCUGUGCGGAGGGCGGUGCCGGACGGACACACCUUCAAAGGUUUCCCCAUCCACUUCCUGCACCACAACGCACGCAGAGCCUUCGCUACCUGCCUCAGGUCUCCGUUCUGUGAUGAGAUAGUGUGUUGCCGUGGGGACCACGUGAGGCUGGCGGUGCGUGUCCGGGUGUUUGCGUACCCUGAGUCUGCCUGUGCUGUCUGGGUGAUGUUCGCCUGCAAGUAUCGUUCUGUACUCUGACCUCUAACCUCUGACACCCCCCCCCACCGCUGUCUAAGGCCAUAGUAGCAACACCUUUACACCUUCCUCUUUUGUACAAUAUUGGAGGGCUGGGAAUGACCAGGGACCUCACCAUACAGUAUUAUCACCAUACUUAGGUGCCGAUACGAUAUGUAUUGUGAUUCUCACCAUUAUAUAAGAAUUGCAAUUCGAUAAUGUGAUUUUAUUGCGAUUUACAUUGUCCAAACAUAUAAUAACAUAUACUAUCCCGAUAUGUAACUAUCGAUUUUUUUCCCCCCAACACUACAAUAUUGAAAGGUUUUAUAUUUGUAGUCUUAAAGACUUUGUUUACUAUAUGAGAUUGUAUUUAUAGCUACAUAUAUUUUUUGUAAAUAAAUUAAUGACUUUUUAAAUUGAGUGAGUUUGAAUUGGAAUUUGAAUGAAAUUGAUUCAUUAGAUUAUUUUCCUGUUAUCUAGUAAAUCGGGUGUAAUUAGUCUAGUGUAAGCCCUGGAAGGUUUGUAAUAAACAGUGGAUGUGUAACACAUUGUUACACCACUAGAUGGCGAGUGAAGACCAGCAGAGACAGUGAAGUUUGAAAUGACUGAACUAAAGGCUCCAUUCCUCCAGGAGCUGUUCAGUGUAAUCACUGUCUAGAGAAUAUCAACACUCAUCCUCUUCACAUUCACAUCUACCGCACUAACAAACAUGUGGCUGAUUCAAAAACACCUAUUUAAACACUAUUAGAACUAAGUCAAUGGUAUAGCAAAGGACUUUAUGAUUCAAACCACAAAUAAUAACUGAGGGAUCUUAUGACUUCCAGUAGCUGUUACUGUCCUUCCUAAUAGUUUCCGAAGACAGUUGGCAUCUCCAGAGCCUGUCUCUUUCAUAAAAGGAAUAUUUCAAUAAGAGGAAAGUAAUGCACUCUGAACGGUUCUGUAAUUACUAUUUCAUUAUCUUAUCAGCCCUCAAUUAAACUGUAAUGAGUGAGUCUCAUUGGCUCUACUGGCUGUUAUCAGCCCUCAAUUAAACUGUGAUGAGUGAGUCUCAUUGGCUCUUCUGGCUGUUAUCAGUCCUCAAUUAAACUGUAAUGAGUGAGUCUCAUUGGCUCUACUGGCUGUUAUCAGUCCUCAAUUAAACUGUGAUGAGUGAGUCUCAUUGGCUCUACUGGCUGUUAUCAGCCCUCAAUUAAACUGUGAUGAGUGAGUCUCAUUGGCUCUUCUGGCUGUUAUCAGUCCUCAAUUAAACUGUAAUGAGUGAGUCUCAUUGGCUCUACUGGCUGUUAUCAGUCCUCAAUUAAACUGUAAUGAGUGAGUCUCGUUGGCUCUACUGGCUUUUAUCAGGCCUCAAUUAAACUGUGAUGAGUGAGUCUCAUUGGCUCUACUGGCUGUUAUCAGUCCUCAAUUAAACUGUGAUGAGUGAGUCUCAUUGGCUCAUUGGUGUUGGUACAGAUCUUAAUGUAUUAUAACAGUUAGAUGUUAACUGGUUCCUCUCAGUUAUCUGUGGUCAGAAGAUGAACUAAGAGAGUUCCCUGGCUCAAUGCCAGGCGUUUAACUUAGCUGUCAAAACUUUUAGGACCAAUGAAUGAAGGCUAAUAAACGCUAGUGGAAAUAAAUAGGCUGAUAUUUUCACGUAAAUGUAGAAUGUGGAUUAAUAAUCACUGAAAUAAAUGUUAUAUGCUAUUAUUACCAAAAUCAUAAUGAAUCAUUUUUUUUCUCAAAAAACUUGUGUUUGAAUUAGAUUUUAUAGUUCAUGAAAUAAUGAUCACAAUAACACAUUAAACCAUACCGACAUGAUUAUUUUAUAAAAACCCUUCUGGUUAAAGGGCUCUCCAUCAUACCUCUAUAUAUAUCUAUGUAGAGCCUAACAUAAGCUUUAUAGACCUUCAAAGACACUUCAUUUAGGCUUUAUAGACAGUUCAUAGAUGCUCAAUAUCCCCACCAUCUCUAAUUAAUCUCACAACUAUUAAAACAAAGUGCAACACAUACACCAUGUUAUCUUCUCUAGGUUCAUAUGGAAAUCAGGUAGAUGAUCUAUAAGUUCAGCUUUAAAGAGACCAGGGAUUGCUCCGUUGUCACGACUUCGGCCGAGGCUGCCUCCUCCCCUCCUUGUUCGGGCAGGCUUCGGCCGAGGCU